AAUGGGUCCUACGACAACAUAAUUGGGCGAAAUAGGGCUCGCCAAAGGCUCGACGAGGUUUUAUCAAAGCGAACUCGGUUCAUCAGAUAGACGAGAGAGCAAUCAAUCUCGGGGUCCUUCUCAACAUCCGACCAUGCAGGCCAGCGACAGGUUCAACAUCAACUCCCAGCUCGAGCAUCUCCAGGCCAAGUACGUCGGCACCGGGCAUGCCGACCUGAAUCGAUUUGAGUGGGCGGUGAACAUUCAGCGGGACAGCUUUGCUUCCUACAUCGGGCAUUACCCGAUUCUGGCGUACUUUGCUAUUGCUGAGAACGAGUCCAUCGGGAGGGAGCGCUACAACUUUAUGCAGAAAAUGCUAUUGCCAUGUGGUCUACCUCCAGAAAGAGAGGAUGAUUGAGUAGAUGACCAUGCUUUUGAGUCACUGCUGUUCUGGCGAGGGCAGGGAUUCUCCUAUUGCCAAAUAUCUGGAUGUCUAAGGAGGGCAAGCGAGGAAUCCAAUCCAGGAAACUCAUCAGCCCCACUGUCUUCAUUUUCAUGUUUUAGCUUGUAUCCUUUAAGGCAAAAGAAAAGUGAGUGGAUCGCCAUAGUUUUUAUUAUCGAACUUUGUUUUGGAUGGAUGUACUGUUGACAUGUGUGGUCGUAAACUCAUCAGUAACUUUAAAAUAAAAUAAAAAACGAAUCUUGCAUUCAGGAGCUAUUUGCUUU